CCAUAAUUAAUACAUUUGAACUUGGCUCGUUGCUAGGAAUACAAAAGCAAAAUUUUGUGGCUAGGAUAACUAAAAGUAAAUACAAAUUGCUUACGGUUAGUCUAUUAGAAACUACAAUAUUUCUAUUUUGAGACUUUGAUAUCAUAAAUCCUUUGUUAAUACCAAAAUUUUGUGUGAAGUUAUAGGCUCACAACCACAUAAUCAAAAGAAUUCUUACAAUUGUCUUACUGAAUUCAUUUUUAUUAAAAAAUAUUUCACUUUUAACCCAAUACCUCGGUUUUGACUCUAGUAACUAAAGGCUUUUUAUUUAGAUAUAUCAACUAACACAUUGAUAUUUAUUUAUUGCACCAAUCCUUGAAUUUUGAUUUUUCUACCAAGAUAUCCAACUAUUAAACGAAAAUUUCCACCCCUUAUUUGAUCAAUGUCUAGGUCAAUGGUUGAUGAAAUGUGAUGUUUAUCAUACAUCCUCCAUGAAAAAUUUUCUAACCUUCACACAUGUCAUUUUUUAAGGUAUCUCAUGUAUCGGCCUAGGGUAUGAAUUUCAAAGAUCGUCAACUAUCAUACUUAAGUUAAUUCAAAAAUUUUGAUUUAUAAUCCUCUACAAUGACUCCAAGUUUGAGUUUUUUUUUAGCGUACGACUUAAGACCUCAAUAGAUAGCUUGCUCAAUCAAUAUGAUUUAGAAUAAAAAUUAUUAAUGUGAGCUUAUGACACAUUAUACAUUAUUGGACAUGUGGUUCCUCUUCAUUUGACAAAUUUAAGGUAGAAUAUAAACAUAUGUUUUUCGCUUAAUUGGAAUUAAUAAGAAGCUUUCAAGAAAUAACUAUUAUUGCUUGUUCAAGUUUAUAUUCAGACAGUUUGCUAUAUACUUGUUUUAUUGGAUAGACAUACAUAUUUGGAAGAAGAGAGUGUCUGAUACCCAAAAAUAUAAAGUCAUAUAGUUUAUUUUUUAAAUUCAAUUAGUUGUCAACUGGAUGUUUUAUCUUUAUCCAUUAUGAUAAUAUUUUAUUUAUUAAAAAUAUAAUUAUUUAGGUUUUUGUGUGUUUUUAUUAUUAUUUAUUUUUCAUCAUAAUGUAGCUAUUGUUACGUUUUAGUAAAAGUAAGUAAAAAAUUUAUUUGAUGAGAUUUAAUAAGAUAUUAUGGUUAACUAAGCUUUGUUACCCAUCUUGACGGGAGGAUUUCAUAUCUCCCUGCCAAGUAUGUCUUGUUGGCUUGGUACCCAGUUGUCGGGCUACCAGACUUAGUCAAAUUUCAUGUCUUUGUACCAAGCCUGCCUUGCCGACUUGGUACCCUCUUGGUUGGCAACCAAGUCUGUCUUGUUUCCAAAUUUAGUCAAAUUUCAUAUCUUGGUACCAAACUUGUUUUGUCAGCUUGGUACCCUAUUGCCUGGCUAACAAGCAUGUCUUGGCAGCUUGGCAUAUGGACUUAGUUUUUUUGGAGCCCCAUUAAGCUGAUAGCUUGCCACACUGUCAGCUUGGUACUCCAUUUUCACCAAGCCCGUUCCAUUAAACUAAUCUCCAUACUUAGUUUUUUUAGCCGCAUCUAGUUGGCACCACAAAACCUGUCUUGUUGGCUUGGUACCCUAUUGGCUGGCUACCAAGCAUGCCUUGUGGGCAAGAUUGGUAUUCAUACUUAGUUUUUGGAUGACUCUCUAAGUUGUCCUGCUAUCAAGCCUGCCUUGUUCCCUGACUCGCUCCGACUAUCACAAUAAAAUCCCACCUAAGGUCCAAGUAUAAACCUUAGAUGGGUGCAAUAUAUGGCAAGUAUGUUCAAAUAUCAACCCGGCCUGGCCCAUGCACCCCUACUUCAAUUGUUUGAAACAUCAUCUAGCGGAUUGUUGUUUGCUGAAAUCUCUACAAUCUACGAAUUGGAAGCAAGACUUUGAAAAGUAAGAGGGUGGAAAACUCUUGGUGAGAAGCUUCACUCACGUGUUGUUUCCCCCUAACUAACUACCAUGAACCGUGGGAUCGAAUGGACAGGUGUGUGACGAGCCAAUUGUGAGCCUUAGGAGGUGCAACAAUGGUUUGAAACCAUCCUCUCAAUUGCUAGGCCAAGGUAAGCAUUAGAGGCUACAAUUGUAGCCCUCUUGGCGCAAGCAAUUGAAGGUUGACUUACCUUCUCCCUCAAACCAAGGCUUGGACGAGAUAAUCACAAUCAACCUAGGUGUCUAAUUCAAGUAGAGGUUUGCCCUUCAUUAACCUAGUUAGGAUGCAUGGAAUGCUUAAGAAAACCCAGCUCAAUUUUAAGCCUCUUAAGAUAAGGGGGCUUCUCUCUAAUCUAGGUUAGAAUAGCACAAUAGAUUGCCAAGCAAACAAUAUGCACAAUCACCAUGAAAAAUACCUCAAUUCUUAAAUCAAACACCACCAUCACACAAUCAUUCAAUCAACACAAUCGAUUAAUGAUAGUAGUUAGGGUUCUACAACACCCAAGUGAAAAGGGAAACUACUCCAUGCUAGACAAAGGAAGAACACAAAAGAGGAAGUAAGAAACCAUCAUUGUGAUGCCUCCAACUCUCUUUGUGCUUGUAUAGAUCCUCAAAAGAAGAGGAGCUUCCAAAAUAUUCAUUUGGAGUAAACCCUAGCCUCUUCUCCCUCUUGGUUUGUGACUUUAUCUCUCUAGGGUUUCAAGAAGAAGCAGUUUUCUCUCACUUUGGGCUCUCCCUCUUCUUCCUUUCAGCUCUUCAUUUUAUACUGAGAUCAUGCCCAGUUCAAGGCCCCAGUUCAAGACCAUGAACAUCAGAACGCGUCCGUGAACUCAGUGAGUUGGAUCAAAACACACCGCUUCACUUCUGGGGUUCACGGUUUGUGGUUCCAGUUUAUGGUCUUAGCGACCAUGAACUGCCUUGGCGUCAGCAACCUCAGAAACCCCUCUGGACGCUUCGCUAUUCACAGUUUGUGGUUCUAGUUCACGGUACUGGCGACCAUGAACUCUAAUGCAGGACUGUAAACUUUGGCUGAAUUCUCCUCUUUGCCCAGUCUUUGCUCCUUUUCUUCCAACUUUCGACUCCGGGGUUGGUUUCGCCUGUUAGACUCUGAAACAAAUUGAAACACAAGAAACCUAGCGUAAAACCACCCCUUUUGGAGCCCAGUUGCCACAAACGUCAAAGAGAAACGGGGAUAAAAAGUGUACAACUAAGCCCGAAUCAUUCCCAUAAUUAGUUUUUUAGAGUCAUAUUUCAUGCGACUUAAUUGCAAGUUUGGUCACUCGAAUUGCUAUAAAAUUUCACGUUUGCCACUCAAAUUAAUUUAUUCCAUUUAUAGUCACUCGAAUUAGUUGAACAGUUCAAGUUCGAUCACUCUCCGUUAACCUCCGUUAACUUUGACUGACGUGGCGGUCAACUCUGACAGUUGACCGUUAAAUGUGUGACGUGGCAAAUAAAAAAAAUUAAAAAUUAAAUUUUUAGAAAUUACACAUCAUUAUCAAAAAAAAUUAUAAUUAUAAAAAAUGAAAAAAAGGAAUUAAAGGAGUUACGAACAAGGAAGGAAAGGAUCGCCAUUGGUCCUCCGACAAUGAACUCAACGCUCACCACUUCCUUCCUCAAUUUCAAAGUACCUUCUUCUUCCUCCCCCUUCUCCUCCUUCAAUUCAACUUCCCAACUCCCCCAUCGUCUCAAUUCCACCAAGCUCGCCCACCCGCAACCUUCUUCCAUUCCCACCAUUACAGCAUGCCUACCAAACCCAUACCCACCCUUAAUCAUCCAGCGCCUUAAAACCCUGGCCAAAACCGCCGUCUUGAUCGCCGCCUCUGCUUCCAUCGCCGCCCAUUUCUCUGUUCUCCACCCUGCCAAAGCCGAACCCCCUGCAGCAGCUGAAGCUACUCUAGCUGAAGAAACCCCGGCCACCAUCGAAGAGCAACUGGAGCCAAAGAACCCAGCCGCUGUGGAGCUGAAGGAUGAGGACUCUUCUUCGUCCUCGUCUUCUUCCUCCUUUGCCUCUCCUUUGUCCGAAUUUCUCGUGGAUAACGCCGAAGCCGUCGAGUCUCUGAAGUCCCUGCUGCAGCAGAAGCUCGAGAGCCGGGAAGACGAGGAGGCGCUCAAGAUCCUGACCCGCCUCGUCGCCGCCCAGCCCGCGGCGGUGGAGUGGAAGUUCCUGAUGGCGAGAUUGUACAACGAGAUGGGUCAGUCCCAGAAUGCCCGCAAGGUGUUCGAGGAAAUUCUCGCUGUGAAUCCUUUGUCGUCCGAGGCUCUUUUCGAGAAUGCGCUGCUUAUGGACAAGUGCGGGGAAGGGGAGGCGGUGAUUGCGAGGCUGGAGAAUGCUCUGCUCAUGGACAACUCCUUUAAUUCCUUUUUUUCAUUUUUUAUAAUUAUAAAUUUUUGUUAUAAUGAUGUGUAAUUUCUAAAAAUUUAAUUUUUAUUUUUUAAUUAUUUUUUAUUUGCCACGUCACACAUUUAACGGUCAACUGUCAGAGUUGACCGCCACGUCAGUCAAAGUUAACGGAGGUUAACAGAGAGUGACCGAACUUGAACUGUUCAACUAAUUCGAGUGACUAUAAAUGGAAUAAAUUAAU